AUGGACGGGGAGACCAUCAAGCUCCCCAUCACCUGCUUGCGGUUUGCAAAGCCAGUGGACGGGCUGCCAUGCCUAGAAGACUGGAUGGGCUGCUUUGAGAGCAUGUUCUUCGGCUCGGUGGACCUGGGCAGGGAGCCACUUGAUGUCGCCGUUGAGGUGCCGCCAGGGGCUAGCAGCAUCAACUGCGAGGCUGCGGCCCUGGACCAGGUCAAAGGCUGGACAAGAUCUUCUGUGCUUGCCUUGCUGCUGAUAGCAGCUGCGGAAUAUGACCUCGGCGACCCGUCCACCAUGGACAAGCUCCAACCUCUUGAGAAUGCCCUUGUGUGGCUUGUCCCCUCGCACAUCUCCGUGAACAUGGACACAGCAAAGCAGAGCUACCGGAACCUCUGCUUGUCCUACAGAGGUUCAGAGAGACAGCCGCCCAAUUCGCUGCAGCUGGCCUUGCGGUUUUCGCAGAUUAUUGAGAUGCGAGACAAGCAGGGUGUCCACAACAAGCUUUGGACCCCGGAGCAGCGGCUGCAGGAGGUUGUGGACGAAUUCAACGAGACGUCAGGUCUGCAGCAGAAGCACAGGGUCGAUGCUGAACGGUUUCGCUCCCUGUUGAACUUGAUUUCCGGCAGCUGCGAGGAGUCCCGGCAAGUCCUUCGGCAGCACCUGAACCACCACAAGUGGCGGGAGAGCGCCUUCAGCGUGGAGCAAUUCAAGGGUAGCCGCUGGUUGGUGGGUGCGACGCCCAAGUCUACCUGCCCUCCUGACAUGAAGCAAGCUCUGACAGUGACGCCUGAGUCGCAGCGCAUGCACUUCGAGCUCAUUGUGCACACAUUCGUCGAGGGGGGCAGGAAGCUCCGGCCAAGCGCAAGGUCACGCACGCGCGCUGCGCCCGAGGUCUUUGACAGGCAUGCUGACUACGCCUGCAUCUUCGCCACAAUCUUGACUGCUGCCCGGCAGCUGUCCACAUGGACAGCUGAGAAGGAGGAACAGCUUUACAAGCUGUUCCUCCAGAAGGCCUACUUCACGGACAUAGAGGCGGCGAUUGUAGCAAAGCUGGACAGCUGGCGGGUGUCACACCUGGCGGUCUGGGCGGACUACGUGGAGCCCAAGGUGCCGACCAUCACCAUCAGCGACAGCGUCGACAUUGGCAUUGCUGAGGAUGAGGCCCAGGCUGCCAGGUUCCGGGAGGUGCGCGCCAAGCUCAGCUCGGACAUGAUGGCAAUGGCGCAGUGGAACGCACGGCAGGAAGAAAACAGGAAACGGGCACACGUGAUCAGCGUGUUGCACGAGAAGAGCCAGGUUGAGACCGGCAAGAAGCUGCUUGUCUCAUUGAGUAGUAGAUGCUUAAAAGUUCUUAGCAGCAGUCGUUGCAAGACUUUACGUUGGAAGCCCCCAGGCUGGCAGACGCCUACAUGGAGCAGUGGUGUAAGCCCUUUGGAUGUGCGCCUCAUCCUCUACGUCGAUUGCACCAAGUUCGGGGUCAUGACCCAGAAGGAAGUCAACGACGUGGCAGACACAGUGGAGAAGCAUUUGAAUUACGGCGCAGGUGGUGGCAUCGCUGUGAUCCUGCCACCUUUGUUGAGCGGCAGUACUUCUGGCGGCUCGCUCCGGCAGGACUGGUGGAGCUCCGACAGUUUCACUCUGAACUUGGACUUGAGUGAGCUGCAUCGGAACAGGGAGUUGCCGGCAGCCUACUUGUGCUUCCUGGGCGUGCAGGACCACGCGCUUCCGAUGAAGGGAACCGCCCACAGAGCAGUCAAGGGUGUUCCAACCAGUGGGCAAGAUGGGGUCAAGGCCAACUCGCUCCCUGGCAUUGACUUGUUGCCAAAUUUUAAAGCUUGUCUACGCGGCAUGUCCAACGCCCUGACAAGCAACCUGAGGUUCUGCGCUUCUCCGCUGUGGCAGAAGCAGGCGUUGGCUGUGAAGGACUUCCCCUUUGCCAUUCAGGAGAAGGACUUUAUCAUUCCUGGUGACUCCCUGCUGCACUUGAACGACCAGCGGCGCAACCUCACAGAUUUCCAGGAAACGGCGCAGUGGCUUGGUGGCGUCGGCGUGCCCAAGGCCAUCUUCAAGUCUUUGCUUGGCGAUGAUGCAAAAGGACGCACCAAGCAGGUUGUGGCAGUGAUCCACAUGACAUCCUAUGACGGAUGCGCAGAGCUGGCUUGCCUUCAGCUUGGGCUCCCGGUCAUGGGAAGCACGCCUGUGGAAGCCAACUUCCAGUGUGCGUCCAACGCGGUUCGCAACCAGUUGCUGCAGGCGUGGAAGGACAACAUUCAGCCCAUGGACAAGGUGGCCCCACGGUACCGGGCAAGCCCAGCCCAGGAAGAGAUGCCAGUCUCGCCAGAGAGGCCGACUCUGGAAAUCUGCCAGCACCAGCAGGGAACUUUGCUGCUGCCCCGGGACAUUCGACAGCAUUUUUUGCAGUGCCCGCUGUGGGGCCCAGAGUGGAGGGAUGUGCUGAAGGACUUCGACAAGGCAUGGAGCGAGAAGCACGGUAAGGCCUUGGCCGAGAUGACUGUGACAGGAACGCCAGGCUGCACAUUGAUGCUGCUAGAGGACCACGCCCUCUUUGUUUGCGCCCAGGAAGCCGUCUCUAUAGACUCCAGCAUGGCCUUUCUGGCACACGGGGCAGGCACGUGGCUGUUGGGGGACAAGGCGACCAAGCUCAAGGCCGAACACCCUGAGAAAGGCUUUGAGUGCAAGUGGAACAGUGAUGAGGAUUUGGUGGUUUUGGAGGCGGAUGGGGCGGAUAGUCCACCAUGCACCUUGCGCAAGGCCCUCCAAACUGUGGAGAAGGGCGGCCUGGUGGACUUCACUCUUCGAGGGCAUUCAGUGACACGCCCGCCAGAGGUGGCCCAGGGCCACGCAGAUGACAAGUUCACCAUUGUGGCGACCAAUGACAUUUUGUGGAAAGCAAACAAUGUGGCCAUCAAGAGCCUCAAGAGCCACAACGUGGCCUCCACGUUCACCAAAGCAAAGCUGGAGAAGGUGCUGAAGCUUGCUCCUUGUCUCGUCUUCAAUCCAGGCUGA